AACAUUUUCAAAAAGGCCCAAAAAGAAAAGAAAAAACGUAAAAAGAAAACAUGCAACCUCGCAUAAAUGCACUCGCUAUUACAAGAUUGGUAACUUUCCUAGCAACUUUUACUGCCAUCUUGGCCGUAUCGCCGCCGAUCCCGGUUGAGAAGUCGCAAUUAGCCGGGUGGUUUACAGAAAAUGUGAAGCCGUUUGCCGUUCGUAAUAAGGCGGAGCUUGAUCCCGCGCUGGCGACUGCAGAAGAAAACGCAACCGUAAUUAAGGUAAUGAGUGAUGGAACGGGAAAUUUCAAGACAGUCACUGAAGCUAUUGCGAGCGUGCCAGCGGACAACAAGAAACGUGUAGUGAUUUGGAUUGGAGUAGGCGUUUAUAAGGAGAAACUUAAGAUCGAUAGAAAUAAGCCUUUUGUUACUCUCUAUGGCUCUGAUCCUAAGAAUAUGCCUAAGUUGACUUUUGAUGGCGAUGCUGCUAAAUACGGUACCGUUUAUAGUGCUACAUUGAUUGUUGAAGCGGAUUACUUCACUGCGGCUAAUCUGAUCAUUGAGAACUCAUCACCAAGGCCAGAUGGGGUAAGAAAAGGAGCACAAGCAUUAGCGGCAAGAUUUAUGGGAACUAAAGCCGCAAUUUACAAUUGCAAAUUCCUUGGAUUUCAAGAUACCCUUUGUGACGAUGACGGUUUACAUUUCUACAAAGAUUGCUUCAUUCAAGGCACUGUUGAUUUCAUUUUCGGAAAAGGAACUUCCCUUUAUUUGAACACCCAAUUGGACGUGGCUGGAGAUGGAGGAUUGGCAGUGAUAACAGCCCAUUCAAGAGAACAAGAAGCUGACACCAGUGGUUAUUCGUUUGUUCAUUGUAGCAUUACUGGAACUGGCGGUAAAAACACUUACUUGGGAAGAGCUUGGAUGCCAAGAUCUAGAGUUGUCUUUGCCUACACUACAAUAGCUGAUAUCAUUCAUCCCGAAGGCUGGAAUGACAUGAAGCAUGCAGGUUUCGACAAGACGGUUAUGUUCGGAGAAUAUAAGUGUUCAGGGCCAGGAGCUGUGUCGACCGGACGUGUAGCCUACGGCAAGCAAUUGACUGAUGUAGAAGUGAAGCCAUUUCUUGGUCUGGAAUACGUGCAAAGUGAGAAGUGGUUGCUUCCUCCUCCCAGUCCUCAAGUUUAGAGAUCUUAGUAAUGAAGAUUGCAAGAAGUGGCAAAGAAUGUGAAUGGCACUCGGCAACCAAUUGGGCUGAUGAGUUCAUUAUUAACCCAUUGGUUUUUCAUUUUAAUUUUUAAAAAUAGAAUAUUGAUUUUUUUCUUUUAAUUUAAAACAAUUGAGGUUGUGUAUUUUGAAUUUGUAAUUUGAUUCAAAAUUUUCACAUAAUAAUAUAGAAUUUUUUAGUUCGUUUAAGUAA